GAAACCAGGCCAAUGGCGCUCCAUCUUUGCGCCGAACGCGGGCCGCCAGGUUUUUUCGGUUUUUUUUUUUCCUUCGCUUAAUAGCCACGCACGAGUCACACCACGAGCUCCAUUAUCGGCGACAAUCUGAUCUUUGGUCUUUAGCGGCUUCCUGGAUUAGGGCCCAGCGGCGAGGAAUGCCGGUGGGGCCCACACCUUGGGCUUGGGGCCGCGUGGGCUCUUAAAGAUGUGCUUUAACGCCUACUAACCACGCCGGCCGACAGUCAAUCGAUUCUUCCCUUUUUAUCUAUUGUUCCAACAGCAACGGACACCCUUGUUGUCGUUGUCAUCCCUACUGCCCAUCAUGGCCUCGACAGCGCCCAAGGCCAAAGGGUUCUUGAAGAAGUUCUUCCCAACCAAGGAAGACGAGCCGUCGUCGUCGUCCUCGCCGGGCACGGCUUCCAGUGCCACGACCACUGGCGAGCACGAUGUCAAGGACCAUGCCGAGGUCGACGUCAACCAGACGCCCAGCGAGGACUUGAACGCACCCAAUGAAGCCGCGCAGGACGGUGUCAAGCAGGCGGAAGCCGUGACGCUGACCUGGACAAAGGGCUCGUUGGCCGCCGUCUAUAUCCUCAUGUGGUGCUUGUACCUUGUCAACGCCUUCCAGUCGCAGAUCACAAACAACCUGUCGGCGUACAUCACCAGUGGCUUCGAGUCUCACUCGCUGAUUCCCGUCAUCGCGACCGUGUCCAGCGUCAUGGGUGCUGCCACGUACAUGCCCGUGGCCAAGAUCCUAAACUUGUGGGAUCGUUCCAUUGGAUUUGCGCUGAUGGUGCUGUUUGCCACGGUGGGGUUGAUCUUGUCGGCCGUGUGCAAGAACAUUGCUACCUACUGCGCUGCUCAAGUUUUCUACAGCGUCGGCUUCGCCGGCCUCAUCUUCUGUAUUGAUGUCGUGACGGCUGACACCUCGUCGCUGCGUGACAGGGGCUUGGCAUACGCCUUCACGUCCUCGCCCUACAUCAUUACGGCGUACGCGGGCCCGGCCGCGGCCGAGAGGUUCCACGAGGGCAACUGGCGUUGGGGCUACGGCUGCUUCGCCAUCAUCCUCCCCAUCGUCGCGGCGCCGCUGUUCGGCCUGCUGCGCUACAACCGCCACCUCGCCAAGCAGAGGGGCCUUCUCGUCGAGAAGGAGAAGAGCGGUCGCACGCCUAUGCAGAGCUUGUGGUACUACACGAUACAGUUCGAUGUCCCCGGUGUCAUUCUCUUGACUGCCGGCCUGGUUCUCUUCCUCCUGCCCUUCACGCUCGCCGGUUCGGCUGCCAACGACUGGAGGACGCCGCACAUCAUCAUCAUGCUGGUCAUCGGCAUCCUGUGCCUGUUUGCGUUCGCGGCCGUCGAGCGCUGGGUGGCGCCCGUGCCGUUCUUGCCGUGGGAAAUGCUGGCCACGCGUACCGUUCUCGGCGCUUGCCUCGUCGACGCCACCUACCAGGUCGCGUACUACUGCUGGGACGACUACUACACGUCGUUCCUGCAGGUCGUGUACGGCACCAGCAUCUCCAAGACGGGCUACAUCACGUCCAUCUUCGACGUCGUGUCGGGCGUCUGGCUGCUGGGCGUGGGUCUCUGCAUCAAGAAGACGGGCCGGUACCGGUGGUUGCUGCUGUGGGCCAUCCCGCUGUACCUGCUCGGCGAGGGCCUGAUGAUCUACUUCCGGCAGCCGCACUGGUCCGUCGGCUACAACAUCAUGUGCCAAGUGUUCCUGGCCUUCUCGGGCGGCACCAUGAUCAUCGUGCAGCAGGUGGCGGUGCUCGCGUCGGUCGACCACAACAACGCCGCCUCGGCCCUCGCCUUCCUCAACGUCUUUGGCAACAUGGGCUCCGCCGUCGGCAGCUCCAUCUCCGGCGGCAUCUGGACCCACACGCUGCCCAAGGCGCUGCGCCGCCUGCUGCCCGAGGCCGACAAGGCCGACUGGGAGGCCAUCUACGACGACUUGGACGUCCAGCUUAGCUACCCCCGCGGCACCCCGACCAGGCACGCCAUCAGCAUGGCGUAUGCCGAUGCGCAGAGCAAGAUGCUGAUUGCGGGUACGGCGAUUAUGGGCCUUUCGCUCAUCUGGAUGUUCUUGAUCAAGGACUUGAAGGUCACCAAGGCCCAGACCAAGGGCGUGCUGUUCUAAGCUAGAUUGGUAGGUAGAGGGUUAGCAGUGCCGGGUUUUCCGACACAAGUUUGUUUGAUUGUUUGUGGAUAUCGAACUACCUAAGGCAUGGAGGGGAGGGGUUUAUGCAUGCUUGCUUGUAUAGCGAGAGAGAGAGUUUCAGCUACCUAAAUUAAUGCGCAACG